AUGAUAAAAUUGUCUAUACGACCUUCGAAACUACUACCUUUGAGACAAUUCACUAGAUUCAAUUCAACAAAUGGCAUAGUAGUGGAUGGCAAAUCAUACAAGUCAGACGAAUGGACCAAUGUUCCACCAUUUAUUGUAAAUUUAAUUAAUAGAAAACUACAUAAAAAUCCAAAUCAUCCAAUUGGUAUAUUACAGGACUUGAUUAAAACUAACAUUAAAGGAAUGGGAUUCACUAUAUAUGAAGACUUUCAUCCAAUUGUUACGAAAUAUCAAAACUUUGACAGUUUAGGAUUUCCAGAAGAUCAUGUCGGUAGAUCAAAAUCUGACACUUACUAUUUCAAUAAAGAUCAUCUAUUAAGGACUCACACAUCAGCUCAUGAGCAAGAAUGUUUCAUAAACUCCAAAACUCCCGGAUAUCUAAUUACAGCUGAUGUUUAUAGAAGAGAUGAAGUUGACAGAACUCAUUAUCCUGCUUUUCAUCAAUUGGAAGGUGCAAGAGUAUGGAAUAAAGGUGAUUUAGAACAAAUUCAAAAAGAUAUUGAUUCUAUACCAAAGACGAAUAUCAUUGUUGAAGAUCCUUUCAGAGAUGAGCCAGUUACUACAAAUAAUCCAGGACAAUCAUAUAUGACUAAUGAAGAAAUUAGAUUAGUUUCCACUCAUUUAAAAAAAACAGUUGAAUUUAUAGUUAAUCAAGUUUUUGAAAAAGCAAGAGAAUCUGCCAAACUAGCAGGAUCAACUGAACCAUAUUUAAAUGAACCUUUAAAAAUUAGAUGGGUCGAAGCAUAUUUUCCAUGGACUGCACCAAGUUGGGAAAUCGAAGUAUGGUGGAAAGGUGAAUGGCUAGAAUGUUGUGGAUGUGGUGUAGUCCAAAAACAAGUGUUACUUAAUUCUGGUUUAGGAGAUCAAAAAAUUAGUUGGGCGUUUGGUAUUGGAUUAGAUAGAAUUGCAAUGCUUUUAUUUCAUAUUCCAGAUAUUAGAUUAUUUUGGACUAUGGAUGAAAGGUUUCAUAAACAAUUUAAAAAGGGUUUAAUUACUACAUUUGUUCCAUAUUCAAAAUAUCCAGGGGUAAAAAGAGAUGUUUCAUUUUGGUUGAAUGAUGAUGUUAAUUUGCAUUGUAAUGAUUUGAUGGAAAUCGUCAGAAAUCAUGCUGGUGAUUUAGCUGAAAGUGUUGUAUUAGUUGAUGAAUUUACUCAUCCGAAAACUGGUAAAUCUUCUCAAUGUUACAGAAUUAACUAUCAAUCAAUGGAUAGAAAUUUAACAAAUAAUGAAAUUAAUGAUAUUCAUAAUAAAGUUGAAAGUCAGCUAGUAGAUGAAUUUAAAGUAGAAAUUAGAUAA